CCAGUUAUGGCGGCGGUCAGUAAGUACCUGACUGCCAAGCGAUGUUCCCUGGCAGGUGCAGCAAUCAUUGCUUACUUUCUGUGUAAGCGGCGACUAGGACAAGGACAUUCUCGAACGCUUCACAGCAGAAAGGGGGAGGCAGUUGCAAAAAGUGGGAAAAAUGGGCUCACCGAGAGAGCAGCUGUCGACAAAGUGUUCUUCGCACGUAUGUUACGGCUUAUUAAAAUACUUGUGCCUCAGCCGUUUUGCAAAGAGGUGGGAUAUCUCCUGUUCAUUGCUGCAUUGCUUGUGGCAAGGACGUUCUGUGAUGUAUGGAUGAUCCAUAAUGGAACCAUGAUUGAGAGUGCAAUAAUUGGACGCUCAACUGAAGCCUUCACAAGAUACUUAUUGAACUUUGCCACUGCUAUGCCUGCUAUAUCACUGGUGAAUAACUUUCUUAAACUGGGACUGAACCAGCUAAAGCUCUGCUUUCGAGUGCGGCUCACGCACCAUCUUUAUGAUGAGUACUUGAAAGGUUACACAUACUACAAAAUUGGCAACCUAGAUAACCGCAUCGCCAACCCUGACCAGCUUCUAACCCAGGAUGUAGAGAAAUUCAGCAAUAGUAUAGUGGACCUAUACUCCAACAUCAGCAAGCCUCUUCUAGAUAUCUGCAUAUAUGUCCUCAAGUUGGCUUCAGCAAUUGGGUUUCAGGGUCCUCUCUACAUGCUCAGCUAUCUCGUUCUCUCUGGCCUGGUACUCACCCGCAUGCGUCGCCCUGCCAGUCACAUGACGGUCACAGAGCAAACGUUGGAGGGGGAGUACCGCUACGUCAACUCUCGCCUCAUCACUAACAGUGAGGAGAUUGCUUUCUACAAUGGCAAUGCCAGAGAGAAGGAGAUCAUCCAGACCACUUUCCAGAAGUUGGUCAGCCAUUUGCACAGCUUCAUUUAUUUCCGCUUUUCAAUGGGAUUCGUGGACAGCAUAAUUGCCAAGUACAUCGCCAUGGUGGUGGGAUACCUGGUGGUCAGUAGACCAUUCCUGGACCUCUCCAACUCUCGCCAUCGUCACAGCACACACUCUCAACUGCUGGAGGAGUACUACCAGAGUGGCCGGAUGCUGAUCAGUUUGGCUCAGGCUCUGGGUAGGAUGGUGCUGGCGGGCAGGGAGAUGACCCGACUGUCUGGUUUCACAGCACGCAUCACUCAGAUCCAGAAAGUUCUGAAAGACCUGAACCAGGGCAGAUACGAGCGCACCAUGGUCUCCCAGCAAGCCAGAGAGACUGGAGAGGCCGACAGAAUCUCACUGGUUCCUGGAAGUGGGACCAUCGUACACUCUGACCACAUCAUCAGGUUCGAACACAUUCCUUUAGCAACCCCUAACGGAGAUGUCCUCAUCAGAGAUCUUUCCUUUGAGGUGACCUCCGGCACUAACGUACUCGUGUGUGGACCUAACGGCAGCGGGAAGAGCUCUCUGUUCCGGGUUCUGGGAGAGCUCUGGCCUCUGUUUGGGGGCUGUCUGACCAAGCCCGAGAGGGGCAAGCUCUUCUACGUCCCUCAGAGGCCGUACAUGACGCUGGGGACGCUGCGCGACCAGGUGAUCUAUCCUGACACGGUGGAGCGCCAGAGGCAGAAGGGCAUCUCUGAUCAGGUGCUGAAGGAGUUCCUGGCUGCAGUGCAGUUGGAGCACAUUCUCCAGAGAGAAGGGGGCUGGGACACCCAGCAGGACUGGAUGGACAUCUUGAGUGGCGGAGAGAAGCAGAGGAUGGCUAUGGCCCGUCUCUUCUACCACAAGCCCCAGUUUGCCAUCCUGGACGAGUGCACCAGUGCAGUGAGCGUGGACGUUGAGGACUACAUUUACACGCACUGCAAAAAUGUGGGCAUCACUCUCUUCACCGUCUCUCAUAGGAAAUCUCUAUGGAAACACCACAGGUACUACCUGCACAUUGACGGGAGAGGGGGCUAUGAGUUCAAGCCAAUCACAGAGGAGACAGUGCAGUUCGGAUCCUGACACCGUCCGGUGAAGGCCCGUAAUCAGAGGACUGCAGAAGUUCUACCCAUCCAUGCGUUCAGCAAAUCAGCGUUUUAAAUGACCUCUACUUUAUCUGUACUGAAGUAUUUUAUUACUGUUUAGGAAGUGAUUCAUGUGUGCCUGCUGAAACAUAUUGGUAAACUUGGAGAUUGAAAAAUGCCUUUACUGAUGAUUAAGUACACAAAUGUAAUUACUGAAACCUUUAGGCACAAGUGGUGAAUAACGCCUUAUCAAAUGGACUUGUUAGUAUGUUGAUCUUUUUUAAGUUAUGUUUUUAUAAAAGGAUCAGUGCACUGUACCUGUUAAUGGACAGACAAUUCAGAAGCUGUAAAGAUGAUCUAAGUAUUUAAUGUAUAUGAAUAUAUGUAUAUAAUGUUA